AAGUUGUUGCCCUUUUUCAGAAAAAAAAAAAUCGGAAAAAGCAGAGCGAUAGACGUGCCUAUAGUGAUUUUCUUCACCAGAUCUUUCGCAGAAUUCCUUGGAGUAUAUAUACGUGCCUAUAUAUAUAUAUAUAUAUUAUAUGUAGCUUUCCCGUUGGGACUAACUGGGCAUACGAUCGUAUCAGAGCCAGAAACACAGAAACAAAGCAAAGGAGGUUUUCACCUUCACUGGGGCCACAAGUUUAAAAGUUUGGAGGAUAUUGGGUAUCUCCAUUUACAACAAUGGAAGGCAGAAUACCAGUUAUUAAUUGGGGCCAAGGAUGGAACUACAUCCAGGGGAGGAUUACGAAACUAAUUAGGGUAAUUACAGAAGGGUUACCCGAGAAUCAUAUCGAUGCAGAAGAAUGCAUGGCUGCUUAUACCAUGAUCUAUAACUUGUGUGUUCAGAAACCUCCUUAUGACUAUUCUCCUAAUCUUUACGAAAAAUAUCGGGAGACAUUCGAGGAAUACCUUACUUCAAUGGUGCUGCCAGUUCUAAGAGAGAGGCCAGAUGAGUUUUUGCUGCAUGAGUUUGUCAAACGUUGGGAAAACCACGAGGUCAUCGUUAGGUGGCUGUCGCACUUGUUUAUCUAUCUUGAUCGUUACUACAUUGAGCGGAGAUCACUUCCUGGGCUGAAAGAAGUUGCACUUAACUGUUUCCGCGACUUGGUUUACCUCCAGGUGAAUGCGCGCGUGACAGCAGCUGUAUUAGGUUUUAUUCAUAGAGAACGCGAGGGAGCGCAAAUUGACAGAGCGCUGCUGAAGAAUGUGAUGAAUAUAUUGGUUGAAAUCAAGGUGGAGGGAGUGAAGACUGCUUAUGAAGUGAACUUUGAAGCACACAUGCUGAGAGAAACCGGUGUAUACUAUUCGCAUAAAGCAUCAAGUUGGAUCAUGGAGGAUUCUUAUAGCGAUUACAUGUUGAAGGCGGAGGAAUGCGUGAGAAGGGAGAGGGAGAGGGUUUCGCAUUACCUGCAUCCAAGUAGUGAAAAUAAGGUGGUGGAGAUUGUGAAACAUUGGUUGCUGGUGGUUUAUGCAACUCAACUGAUUGAAAAGAAGCUUUUUUCUGAAUCUGUAUCUAGUGCUUCGCUUGCUGCUGAUUAUGUCGAGGAGCUUUCAAGGAAAUUUAUUGCUAGUGUAACAUUGGCACAGUGAGUUUCUGCGGAUUUACUGCAUGACAUGUUAAAAUUUUGUUGCUUUUGUUUACCAGUUCAGUUCGAAUUUGCUGCGAAUUUCGAGCAGCUCUUUAACCACAGGAUUUUGAAAGGAUGGGGUUUUCUUCUGCUUAA